GUAACAUUUAUUAUUAAAUAUGCAAUAAUUAUUUACGUAGCUAAAGUCAAAAAUAGAAAUUUUUUCCAAAAAUAAACAAGUCCAAAAACUAAAAAGUAAAAAAAAUUUCUUAAAGGCACAAGAAUUAGCGCAUGGAGUGCAGGUUACAUCGGGAGCUUCAAGUUGUAAUACAAGAAAGAUGAAAGUUAUUAGUGCGACUACACCAUUGAGGGAAAGAGCAUUGUGUCAGUUUGAAUAUAUUCUCAAUUACAAUCCACAAAGAAUUCCAUCAACAUUUACUGAAGUAAAAUGUUCGUGUCCAAAACCAUCAAUUAGAAUGGUUGGAAAUCGAAUGUUUGAAUGCGAACCUUUGCGUUAUCAAGUUCGAGUUCUACUAUUUGAUCCUCAAUGUUUAACUUAUGUUGAGCAUAUUGAAACAAUAGCAUUAGCAUGUCUACCAGUUAUUCAGGUGGUUUGCAUUUUCCCCAAAACAUAAACAAAAAAACAGGGAUGUCACGCAUUUCUGAGCGGGUCAGUUAGUAAAUUAAGAGGGAAAAAGGUCUGGUUUCGGGUCGGAUUUUGGAAAUUUCUCGACUCUGAUUUGUAAGUAGCCUGUGACAUC